ACAAAUGUGGGCGUGCAGGGAUAUUAGUGUGAACAAUUUAUCAGGGCCAAUCCCUGCCGAAUUAGGAAACAUAAGCACUCUCAGAGAGUUGAGCAUGGAGAGCAACUUGUUUUCUGAAACUAUUCCCUCUGAGCUUGGGAAUUUGGUAAACUUGGAAUAUUUGAAUUUAAAUGCAAACAAUCUCACUGGAAAGUUCCCUCUGUCUCUCACCAAUCUCUCCAAGUUAUCUGUGCUUAAAAUCAGUAGUAACUACUUCACAGGAAGGAUGCCUGAGUUUGGCAAUUGGAAACAACUUGAAACAUUAGAGAUGGAAGCAAGUGGUUUCAGUGGGCCAAUUCCUCCUAGUAUUUCUACCUCGGCAAACUUAACGCAAUUAAGUAUAACUGACUUAAAUGGGGAGAACUCGUCAGAUUUUCCCGACUUGAGUAACAUGACAGACCUUUCUGAGUUGACAAUGAGGAGUUGUAAUUUAAGAGGAAAUAUCCCUGAAAAUAUUCGUAAUUUGAGAGGGCUAAAUGUCUUGGAUCUUAGCUUUAAUAAACUAGAAGGGCCACUUCCAAAUUUUCAACAGUCUCUCUUUAGUUUGAGUCAUAUAUAUUUAACAAGUAACUUACUCAGUGGGCCUAUUCCAGCGUGGAUGAACAUAUACGGAGCCAAUCACAUAGAUAUUUCUUACAAUAACUUUUCGGAGAUAUCUGAACCAUCAACUUGUCAAGAUCAUUUCAAUCACUUUCAGAGCAUAUCUGGUCAUGAAAACAGCUCAACGCUCAGCAAGUGCUUGGCUCCAUGUUCAAAAGAUUAUUAUUCAUUGCAUAUAAAUUGUGGUGGAAAAGAAACUACCAUUGGAGGCAUAAAGUAUGAAGGGGAUGAGGAAUUUGUAGGUCCUGCAGAUUUAUUCCAUAACUCAACCUACACUUGGGGAAUUAGCAACACCGGUCAUUUCAGAUAUUUGGAACAAGAAGUGCCAGAAUAUAUAGUAAAUAAUGUAUCUGAAUUAAGAAUGAAGGACUCUGAGCUCUACACAACUGCACGCAUCUCGCCUCUUUCGCUAACUUAUUUUGCUCGUUGGUUAAGAAAUGGAAAAUACACUGUAAAACUGCAUUUUGCAGAGAUAGCAUUUGGAAACAACAGAUCUUAUGAGAGUGUUGGAAGACGAGUAUUUGAUGUUUAUGUUCAGGGAAAACGGGAGUUGUCAGAUUUCAACAUUAAAGAGGAAGCUAAAGGAGUUGGUAAGGAAUUUAUCAAAGUAAUUAACGCAGUUGUUGUGAGUCAUAACACAUUGGAGAUCCGCCUCCAAUGGACGGGGAAAGGGACGAGGAAUGUUCCAGAGCAAGGAAAAUAUGGGUCUUUAAUAUCAGCUAUCUCAAUAGAAUCUGGGGAAGGACAUUUGAGUAAGACCAAAAUCAUUAUCGGCCUUGUUGUAGCUGUUUCUGCUGGUGCAACAUUAUUAGCUGUUGUAGCCUUCGGUUUGCAUAGACGAAAAGCUAAGAGAAAAAGAACUGCAACAAAUAAUGAUUUGAUUUGGACAAGUACUAACUUGAAGAGAGGAGACGAUCAAUCUGAGCUUCAUUUUUUUGAGUUGGAUAGCAUACUAAUGGCCACAAACAAGUUUAGUAUUACAAACAAACUUGGUCAAGGAGGAUUUGGUCCUGUUUAUAAGGGACAACUACAUGGGAAAGAAGUUGCAGUGAAAAGACUGUCUAGCAGCUCAUCACAAGGCUACGAAGAAUUUCGGAAUGAAAUAAUAUUGAUCUCCAAACUGCAACAUAGAAAUCUUGUUAAGCUCAUUGGUUGUUGCAUUGAAAAUGAAGAGAAGUUAUUAAUAUACGAGUUCAUGCUCAACAAGAGCUUAGAUACUUUUAUUUUUGAUGAUAGAAGAAGGGUAGAGCUUGAUUGGGCCAUACGAUUCAACAUUAUUGAUGGCAUUGCGAGAGGUCUUGUGUAUCUCCAUCGCGAUUCUAGUUUAAGGGUGAUACAUCGAGAUUUGAAGGCCAGUAAUAUUCUAUUGGAUGAGAAGAUGACUCCAAAAAUUUCUGAUUUUGGAUUAGCAAGGAUUUUUGAAGGCACUUUAGAUCUAGCAAAUACUCAUAGGGUGGUAGGAACAAUUGGUGUGUUUAAUCAAUUGCAGCGGCUAUAUGUCUCUCCAGAGUACGCAUUCAGAGGAAUCUUCUCGGAAAAAUGUGAUGUGUUUAGCUAUGGCGUGUUACUACUAGAGAUAAUAAGUGGGAAAAAGAAUACUAGCUUCAAGGAUGAGGAUCAAUACCAAGGCCUUAUUGCAUAUUCAUGGCAGCUAUGGAGUGAAGGCAGAGGAAUAGAGAUGGUGGAUGAAGCAUUAGGCAAGUCAUAUAAUGAAUCAGAGGCAUUGAAAUGCAUACACAUUGGGCUUAUGUGCGUUCAAGACUUUGCCACAGAUAGACCUUCCAUGGCUCAAGUGGCUUCCAUGUUAAGUAACCAAAUAUUUCAUCAACCUCAACCCAAACAACCUGUUUUUACUUUUCAAGCCAGCAGUGGUAGUUAUGAUCCUUUCACACAAAGUGGUAAUAGAUGCUCUGUCAAUGAGGUCACUGUAUCAAUGGUUGAACCACGAUAAAAAAAGAAAAACUUCAACUAUAUAUUGUGUUAAAUGUAUAUAGGGCUACACCUACGCUAUUCAAUAUUUUCUUUUAAAUUUAAUGAACUUCAUUUUGUUAAGAAUCAUUGUCACCCCAAAAAGUCCAAAUGUCCAAGCCCAAGGUAAAUAAAAGUCCAAUCCAUUUUACCUAAAGCCAAGACAAUGGAAGUUUCUCAACAAAUGUGGAAGGAAGAUAUUUUUAAGAGAAAAUUGAAGAAGGAUGUAGAAAGUAGAUUUUUUAGGAGAAGUGUGUAGAAUGUGGUAAUAAUGUAUGGCUAGGAUUAUUUCUCAGUUUAAUAUUUGUAUGGUGUAGAUUGCAUGGUGAGGACUAUAAAUACCCUCCCUUGCAUUUGAGUUAGGCAUCCUCCAAAAAUUAAGUCUUUGUAUUCUUAGUGUGGAGUUUUGAGUAUAAGUUGUGAGCUUCCUAUUGAGUAUCUAUUUCUUUUCAAAUUGUGAAUGGUCUUUUGAAAGUGUUGUAGUGUCUUUUAUUGUGGUAUAAUACAAGUAAUUUGUUUACUUGUUUGGGUCCAAUAUUAGUAAGUUUAGAGUUGUGUACUCUAAAUUUUACUCAACACAUUUUGUUAAAACUUGAAAGGAAAUUACUCUAAUGAUUGCAACAAAACCAAAUGUUCUUUUUGUA